CGUUCCAGCGCGCCUGCGCAGUGGCCGCCACCGCUGGGGCCGGAGCGGGGAGCGGCGCCCCCUCCCCCAUCCGCGCCAUGGGUGACGCGCUGCGGAGGGCGGAGUCGGGCACUCAGCUACUUGCACGCCUUGAGGGCAGAAGUUCUCUGAAAAAUCUUGAACCUUGUCUGUUUGCUGAAGAAGGAUCUCCCGUCCAUGGAGAUGUCAUUGAAUUCCAUGGUCCAGAAGGAACAGGAAAAACUGAAAUGCUCUACCACCUGGUAGCCCGCUGCAUCAUUCCAAAGUCAGGAGGAGGACUGGAAGCAGAAGUCAUGUUCAUUGAUACAGACUACCAUUUUGACAUGCUCCGUCUAGUGACCAUUCUCGAGCACAGACUGGAGCAAAGCACAGAAGAAAUGAUAAAGCAGUGCCUGGGAAGGCUUUUUCUUGUGAACUGUAAUAGCAGCACGCAGUUACUUCUCACUCUUUACUCUCUAGAAAACAUGUUUUGCACUCACCCCUCUCUCUGCCUUUUGAUUUUAGAUAGCAUAUCAGCUUUUUAUUGGAUAGACAGAAGCAACGGAGGGGAGAGUCUUAACUUGCAGGAGAUGAAUCUGAAGAAAUGUGCUAACUUUCUUGAAAAGCUUGUGAGGGAGCACCACUUAGCCCUGUUUGCAACAACGCAGACGAUUAUGCAGAAAUCUACAAGUUCUGCAGAAAGCUUUUUUCCUUUAAAGCUUCAGCAUGAAUUUGAUACAGAUUAUAGGCCUUAUCUUUGUAAAUCAUGGCAACAAAUGGUAACCCACAGGAUAUUUUUCUCCAAGCAAUUUAAUUCUGGCAACAGCAAAGGUUUUACGGUUGUUUCUUGCCACCUCAAAAAAAACAAUGUUGUAAAACGUUCAUUUAGUGUUGCAGAAUGCGGUGUUCAGUUUUAAUUUCAGUUUGUUUUUUAAAUGCCUAGCAAAUCUUGGUGCUUAAGGCCUGGUAAGCUCUAAGUAGUUUUUAGUACCUUUUAAAUGAGCUGCUUGUUGCUGGGUGAUUAAGGAUUUUUGUUAUCAUUUUCUUAAAAUUCAGCGAAGGGCAGGAAACCCUAACAUUUUUGAAUUACUGUUUACGUUCAGUCCCAACCAGUAACGAACGUUGGCAAUUAUUUGUUUGUUUUUAAUGCAGGAAGCAAUUAAAUCAAGAAAAUUAUAACCAAAGUCAUUUAAAACUCCCAGUAUCCUUCAUUAAUGUAACCUUUGUGAUACGCAGUCAAAUGCGCGGACUUCAUUUCUGGGUCUCACUGCUUUUCACUCCUCUUUUCCCAGGGUACAGACAUAGAAGCCCACUUUUCCAUGGGGUAGACUGCAAAAAGGCCAAGUGUUCACUUUUCGUAAAUACUGGUCUUGGUUCGCUCCCAGUAGCCUAGGGCAUAUGAAAUGCAUUCAGAACUCUGCCUGAAGAGGAGGAUUCGCUUUCACAGCCUGUUAAACAUCAGCAGUCCCGACCAUGGUUCUCCAGCCUGACAGUCUCUCUGCUUAUUUUAUCAUGUGAGACGCAAGGAUUGCAGGUGUUUUGACCUUUAGAAGGGUCUGGGUUUGAAGAAUCUAAAGCUAUCACAAACAUGGAAGCCUGUUUCCAUAAACGAAGGAAAAACUGAGCUCUGGAUACUUGGGAGUUUGUGCUGCAUGCAGCAAGCUGUUUUGUCUUUGAAAGUAAUGAAGGAUGGGCUAUGGGUUGUUGUGGGUGGUGUUGGUUUGUGUGCGUGUGUGUUUUUUAAGAUGUAUGCACACAUAAAUUUCUUCCCUGCCCUCCUUCAUUAUCCCCUCCCACUUCUUUCCCUUCCCCCACUCUCCCGAAGAAAUCCAGGAAUGCCAUGCCUCUGGUCUUCACCAAUAUGCAUCUGCCACAUGUAGAACAUUUGUGUGCAGGAUUUGGCAUGCAACGUGUUGCAAUUCUGGCAGAGAAGAUUCAGAACUUAUGGGAAAUGCCCUACAGUUCUGGCAAAGGAUACCAUAUUAUUUAUUAACCUAGAGUGCCCUUUGAAAGCUUCAAAGUGCUUUACAAGAAAGAAAAUUGCACACAGUACAUUAUUUAAUACAAAAACUUACAUUAGCUUACAAAUUUAAAUUACUCAAACAAGGGGAAAAUAUUUCUCACGGCAAUAUUCGUUCAGUCAUGUUGCACAACACGUUUUAUAGUUUAGAUUGAACAGAUUAUUAAUAAAAAUGCAUAUGUAAGAAGAAGUACCUAGCACAGUAUCUUUUUGAGGAAGAUGCCGUGCCUUUUAAUUUCCUGGCUUCUGAAUCCAGCCUUUCCAAGCUGAAUAUACCUGAAUUCCUAGCAGUGUACAAGUGGGCUCAUGGGCCCAGGCUUCUGUGUAUGGAGCUAGGAAUGUGUGCCCAUCCUCUUGUUCGUGGAACUGGGCAUCCGCAUGAUUUGGCUGGAUUUUUGGAAAGAUUCUGGACACCUGUGCAUCCCUCCAGCCCAGGGCCCACCUGGAGCAGGAGCUGUUUCCCGAGGCUUUGGGAGGAGCAUCAGAAAAGUCUGUUCUCACUGACAAGUGCUCCUGGCUUCUACAACUGCAUUUUUGGGGAGCCCCUGACCAGAGGUUGCGUUCAGACCAGUGCUUGAUGGCCAGUGAUCAAACCUAUCCUCUGUGUACUCAUCCACUCCAUUUUCAACUUACUUAUCCCCUUGGACUCCACCACAUCUCUUCAAAAUCAGUUCAGUUUAAUUAUUCUUUCUGUGGGAAAACUUCCUUUUUUGUCUCAUCUCCAACCAUUUGACCACUUCAUGCCUUCGGUUCUUUUCUUGUGAGAUGUAAUGAGCGGACGUUCCCUUUAUAGCAUCUCCGCAGAGGUGAUGAUUUUCUUGACUUUGUCAUUUCAUUAGUGCUUUAUCCUCCAUCGUGACUGUUACUUAUUUCAGAACGUGUGUAAGUACACAAAUACAUACAAAGCUGAAAACUUAAUCAGUCUAGUCUGAGCCAGAGUUAGGUCUUUUUAACAUGAGUGAACACUUCCACUGGGAAUUACUAUACAGACAUACCUGCACUUUUGUAAA